AACGAGCAGUCGGUGAGGGGGAGAGAGGGGGGGUCACAGUGAGGAGCAGCAACUCCGCGACCGGGACUUUGUACGACGGACCGGGGGUACGACGAGCGGGCGCGUACCGUACUCGACGACUGGGGAAUUCUACACAUUCGCGGCCCCCGGGGGAGCCGGAGGGGUCGGAGGGGCCGGAGGGAGAAGCGUACGACGGUGGAACAUGAGCGUGAAGCUGUCUCUGUGUAGGCGAGCGGCAUCGAUCGUCGGAACAACUGCUUCCGUCGGGAUUGUCGAUGAAUAACAUCGGCGUGUAAAAUAAUGCCCUAGCUAGUCCCCGGAGGCCCUCGUCAUUUUGAUGAAAUGAGGACGAUGAAAUGAAAUGAAGAAUUGCCAUCGAAAGAGAAGAGACGCACGCCCCUUGAGAAAACCGAGGUGGAUCGAAAUUCAGCGUGCUGACCUGAAGAGAGAGAGAGAGAGGGAGAGGGAAAAAGUCCAAGGGCCGUCGCGGUGUCUGCGAUUUGAUGAUUGAGUCGCGUCGUCCGGCCAGUCAAAGCGGCCGUGGUGCCUGCAGGUCUGGCGGGACAAAUUGCUGCACAUUCGCCGCCAAGCAAGGGAGGAAGGGCAGCAGGAAGGCAGGGACGGAGAAAAGCGCAUGAAGGGGCUCUCUGUCUGUCUGCGUCGCGAAGGAACGACGAAGCUCCCACCCACUCUUGCGCUUUCCCCGAGGCACGGCCUUCCUCCCUCCCUCUCUCUCUCUCUCUCUCAGUGUCUGUCGCUCUCAUCUGUCGCAGAAUAGAAGAAGCCAUAGCCGAUGCGGUAGGCAACAAACAAGCGACCGAACGGUCCUACUCGCUGCCUGCCUCCAUCUCCUCCGCCAGCGAGAGCCGAGAGGAGACGGCGACAGCGACAGCGACCAGCCCCUCGAGAGACGAGGAGGGAAGGAGGGAGGGAGGGAGGGAGGAGGAGGAGGAGGAGAAGAGGACUGAGUGAGGGAUUGUAUGUCGACGCGGUACGACGAGGGAGGAGCUCAAAAGAGCGACAUGAAUAGAAGGGAGUGAAAAAGAGAGCGGUGUUGGCGGUGGUGGUGCUGGACGAGGGUCGCGCUUUGGUUGGUGGAUGAAUCGCAAAAAGGCGAGAUUGUACGCGGAGGGGUCCAGCAGGAGGAGGAGGAGGAGGCAGCAAGAAGAAGAAGAGGAAGAAGAGUAGGGAGGAGGAGGAGGAGGAGGAGGAAGGUUGAGAUACGGAUGGCAUGGCGCCCUCCCUGGAGGACGCAGAAGGGGAAGUGAAGUGGGAUAAGCCGGUGCAAUGGCCGCAGGGAGGGAAUUUGACGGAGGAAUGGGUAGCGCAGCUGGCCGCGACUUUGGAUUACGCGAGUCGCCACAUGCUGCCCACCGAUCUGCCCACCAUACUUCCGGUCGCGCUGACGGACCAGAUUAUCAGUACUGCAUCCAAGCUUUUGCAUCGAGAGGCCAACUGCGUCGAGAUCAGCGUCGAACCCGAUUGUCAAGUGGUCCUGGUCGGAGAUGUGCACGGCCAGUUUCAUGACGUUCUGCAUUUGCUCGAGGUCGCCGGCCCGCCUGCUGCAGAUCGCAUUUUCGUCUUCAAUGGAGAUUAUGUCGAUCGGGGCGCGUGGGGGCUCGAGACGUAUCUCUACCUUUUAUGCUGGAAGAUACUCAUGCCACACCGAGUGUUCUUGCUGCGGGGCAACCACGAGACGAAAUUCUGUACGAGCGCUUACGGGUUCGAACAAGAAGUGAUGACGAAGUACGGUGAUCGAGCUAGGCACCUGUAUCGAAAAGUGCUCGGCUGUUUCGAGGGACAUCCUCUGGCUGCUCGAGUGGCAGGCUGUGUAUAUCUCGCUCACGGAGGGCUCUUCAGAUACGUGGAACCGACUCCAUCCAAGCGAAGUAAGAUUGGCAGGCGCCUAAUGAGGACACGCAGUCAGGACGGGUCAUUAAAAUUGGGAACCUUGAGUGAUUUGCAAAAGGCCAGGAGGGGUGUAUUGAAUCCCUCGGGCUACGGGCAAAACGCUGUUCCUGCAGAUGUUCUGUGGUCCGACCCUUCUCCCCAUGAUGGCCUUUCUCAUAAUAAAGCUAGGGGUAUCGGUUUGCUCUGGGGUCCGGACUGCACUCAAGAGUUCAUGGAGAAGAACAAAAUCAAGUUGAUAGUCAGGUCGCAUGAGGGCCCGGAUGCACGGGAGAAGCGGCCGGAGAUGGCACCAAUGAAUAAAGGAUAUACUGUCGAUCAUGUCGUCAAAGCAGGCAAACUUGUUACUCUUUUCAGUGCUCCUGAUUAUCCUCAAUUUCAGCAAGAGCAAAAGAGGUACUGCAACAAAGGGGCCUACAUAGUCCUGCAAGCUCCUGACUUCUCAGAGCCCCAUUUCCAUUGUUUUGAAGCUAUUCUCCCUCGACCCAAGGUCCAACCGUAUUACGACUUCGUGAACUGUAUCGAUUCCGACGAAGAGCUGGACCUGGGAGGCUCAUCGGAGGGCUCAGGAGGAAGUGGUGACGAAUAUUAGCCUUGUAACAUAAUUGUGGAGUUUGAAUUUGAUCAGAUUCUUGAACCCGGAAUGGAGGAGGGCUCAUAGUAGAUAGAUUGAUAGAUAGAUAUACCUUUGGAGACUCCAAUGUGCUAAGCUUAGCGUGAUAUCGUUCGAGAGUAGACUAAGUUCAAUCCUAGACUGGCCUUACUUUUCCAUCUCCCUGUUUGGAGUGUCCAGUCCGAAUACAUGUGACUGCUCAUUGGUGCCGCUUCAGUGAUUUGUGAGGUAAGAUCGAGACAUGCGCGUCGCCGCGUGCACCAGGCUCUCAGACAAGCGAGCGAGGCCGGUGCAGUCGACGUCGUUGAGUUGGAGUAUGCGAAUCCCCUUCUGAUGGGUGGUGUUCAUAAUAAAUACAGCAAAGUCUGCUGCCUUCGCUUGUGUACAGUAUAGACAUCAUCAUCAUCUCGUUUUAAGAGUCUGAGCGACGCUUUGGCGUCAGGAUGGAUCCUGUGAUGUCGUCCAGCUUUAUUCUCGGGGUUUCCUUGUCGUGCAUUUCGACCAGUUCACACUUCACUCCACUCCAUUGAUCCUCGUGUAUGAAUAAUCUACUCGAUCGCAUGUAGACGGAUGCGAAUUUGCUCAAAAUCGCUCAAAUUUUGCCGGAAGCUGAGGCUGCUUCGAGGUCCAGCUGGUCGAGAAACCGAGAAAACCUUAUUGUUACUGAAGAACGAAUCGUCACGAAUCAUCUGCAGGGUUCGCCCCUCCCGACAGGUCUGGUCUUGUCGGUCACAUCGAGUG